AUGGAAGAAAUUCUUGAGAUCCUGAUGGGAGAAGACCGUAGUGGCGCCAACAGCAGGGUAAAGCACAUCAUCGACGCAACAGAAGACUUAUGGUCAAGAUUACCGCCGCAAUUCCGCCUCAACUCUCGCUUGAAGGACUAUCGUGGGACCAUGUUCGAACGGGACUUCUUGCUCUCUGUCCGCCUCAACUACCUGCAUCUCAAGUUUCUUGCAGGCUUUGUCCAGAUGAAGUCCCUCACGAAUGCUAGCACUGACCUACUGAGCAUUGCUGAGGAGAUCCUCGGACUCGUCGUUGAGGGCAUACUCCAGCGAGAUCAGUUGGCUAAUGCUGGAUCUGGUGUCGUAUGGAAGAUUGCCCAGUACGGCCUUCCUGCCGCCGGUGUCAUUCUGCUUGCAACUGUGCGGGGUUGGAGUCCCCAAGGCAAUCACGUACACCCCAGCUUCCAAGUCUGUCGCGACCUCUCUCUUCUGGCGGCCGAGAUACAACUAGGCACAGUGAUUCGCUCCGGAGAACCAAAUUUCGCGUUACUCACGACCGCUGGGCGUACCAUACAGGCUUUCUUGGAGUCUUGGGAGUCUGAGAUGCCUCGACUCGCAAGCGAUGACUGCAACAGACAAGCUGCUGACCCUGAAGGCGCCAAUACAACGCUUCGCAUGAGUCCGGACCCAUGGAAUCUGGAGAUGGGCUUCUGGCAGGAUUUGGGCGACCUGCCAUUCCUCGGGUUCGAAAAUGAUGAUCUGCAUCACGAGGUGAACAGUCGAAGCGGGAUUUGA